AUGUUGAAGGCUAAGCGGCAAUGCAAAGAAAGGACGUGUUUUGUGCCGCUGUGCCGAAGCGGAUAUCGUUCGAACGAGGAAAAGGUGUCUUUGUUCACCGCACCGACGGACCCAGCACGGCUUGCAGAAUGGGAGAGCAAAAUCAACAGGGCAGACAGGAGACUGACGCCGAAGGCUGUCGUGUGUGAAAGACAUUUUGAGAGUGGCUACAUCGAACGAUAUUUUCAGACUACGGUGAACGCCCGAGACAAGCCACGUCUGAAGCCCGAUGCUGUCCCUACGGUCUUCGAAGAUUAUCCGACACAUCUUGUACCUAAAAAGGCGGUGAAACGAAAGGUGAGAAACAUUUGCGACCAAGAACCGGCACCUAAACAACAGAAGCGAAAUGUCGAGCUGGCGGACCCUGAGUAA